AGGCGUGAGGAGCUCGUCUACGUCUGCUGCAGUGCUGUGCCGGUAUUAGUUCAUAGUUGUUGUUGUAGAGUGAGGUCAGUUAUUCGUUGAUAUUAUAUAUAAUCAGUUGAGUACAGUGUCAACAAUGUCAGCCGCUGUGAAAAGUACCAGUGGCUUAAAUGUACCCUAUAUGGGAAAAUGCUGCUUCUGCUUCUCCCUCAAAUUUGGUUCUCUGGCCAUUGCUGCUUGUUCUGUGCUUUUCUGGAUUUUUGUGCUGUUCGAUAUAUUAACAGUCAACAGAUACAAUACAAAAAAUGCUGUGGAGAGUGGUGUCGCCCGUCUAUUGAUUGAUAUGGUUCUGGCUACGUUGAUGUUCAUAGGAGCACAGAAGAGAAUGUCGCUGCUGAUACUACUGUGGGUGCUGGUAGAGUUUGUGCUGAUCCUCGUCAACGUUGUAUUGGCUUUAGUCGUCGGAAUAAUGCAGCUCAGCCAUGUGAUGCUGCUAGGAGCGGCCAUUAUUGGCACUUUCUACACCCUCGCCUUAAUCGUGGUGUUUAACUUCUACCGUGAGGUGAGAGAUGGCCAAUGAACUAUCUUGGAUCAUCCCUGGAUAAUCUCAGGAUCCUAACCGGAUCACUUCUGGAUACUUGUCUACGCAUCAGUCCUUAUACUGAUACGAUAUCGUAUAUGACUGAACAUGUAAACUUUUAUUGAACAAGUACCUGAAUUAAUAAAAAGCCAGAGGAAACAUUUGUUUUGGUUAUAAGCUGCUUUAUUUUUUAAAAGUAAUAUUUACUAGCAUAAGUUGUUAAGACUGUGUCAUUGUUAUUGGUGUAAGGUGUAUUAGCAGUAAAUAAUUAAUUUAAGUUUGAUGUAAGACCAGCAUGUAGAAAAAAGGACUUGAUAAAAUCAUGUGUAUUCUUUUCUUGGUGAGUACUUGAAGUUGAGUUGCAGAUGGUAUUGAUAAAAACAUGUUCUUGCAUUUUAGUAUUCAUUUAUAUUUUAGGGAUUGAUUUAAUACUCUGUAAACGCAUUAUUGUACACAUAGAUAAUAAUUUGAGGUAACUGAAAAAUAUUUAGAAUAUUUUAUUUUAAACACCAGCAGUUACCCACAUUUAUAUAAUAAUAAUUAAAUUCAUAGAUAUUACAUUUUAAAUAAGAUUUCAAGUUAAAUAUUCAAUGUAGAAGUCAAAGCUAGUUGAAACCAAAAAAGAAUGUUAUGAUGAAAAAUAAUUCUGAAAAUGUUUGUAAAAAUUCCUGGGAAAUAAUAAACAAAGAAACAAAGAAAAGUAACAGUAAACAGGAAAGAAUUUGAACCUAGAAUUUGAUAAUAAAAUAGUUUUCCACCCUCAUGAGGUUAGCAAUAGUUUUAAUAAUCAUUUUAUAAGCACAAUUGAAAGUAUGUUGCAGGAAUUUCCAGCAAGACAGAAAAAUAAUUCACCAACAAGAGAAUUCUCAAAACAGAUUUCAAAUUUUAGAUGCCCCCACCUCCCAGUCAGUGAAAAAGAACUAUUAGAUAUUUUUAAGACUCUAAAAAAUAAAUGGUGAAGUGGUUAUGAUGAGGUUCCAAUUAAAAUCAUAAAAUUAAUUAAAAUGCCAUUAAAUACACCGUUAUUACAUAAUCAAUUCAUCUUUUAUCUUCCCCAGUAGACUGAAGAUUUCAAAAGUUUUUAAAAAGGGGGACCAAACUGAUAUUCAGAAUUACUGUCCUAUUUCAAUACUACCAUCAAUUUCAAAAAGUUUUGAAAGAACCAUGUAUCUUAAGCUUACUGAACACUUAAAAAGCAAUGAUCUUUUUGAUAAGGAACAACAUAGUUUUCGUAAAAAUAAAUCAACAACACAGCUCCUGUAAGCUUUACAGCAUUUUCGGUUGAAUCCAUUGAUAAAAAAAAGUAGCAGGAAUAUUCAUGGAUCUAUCAAAAGCGUUUGAUAGCAUCACACCGUAAAUUAGUUAAGAAAUUACAAGACAUAGGAAUCAAAAAUAUUUAUUUGAAAUGGUUUGAAUCAUACUUACAACAUAGGCAGCAGUACAUAGAGAUUUCUCAAUCUGAGAAUAAUAGAAUAACAAAAUUUAAAUUUAAAUUACAAACAAUUCAAUACAGGGUACUCCAGGGGUCAAUUUUGGGGCCUCUUUUGUUUAUUUGUUACACUCAAGACAUGCCUGAUUGUCUUAAUCGAAUAUAUGGAAUUAAAAACAAAUUGUGUCUUUAUGCAGAUGACUCAAACCCCAUCAUGUCAGCAAAAACCAGCUUAGAAUUGGAAUUGGCCUCAUUUAUUGAACUGUUGAGAAUUCAAAAUUUUUUCAUAGAUAAUGGACUUAUCCUAAACAUAAAAAUGCCAACUUAAUCUCAUUUGGAAAAAAACAAAGUAGGAACAUUUCUGAAAUGAAUUGAUAAUGAAUUUAUAAAUGAAACAGAAAAAAUUAAAUUUUUAGGUCUACAUGUGGAUAAACAUCUUACAUGGGACUCGCAUAUUGAUUAUAUAAUGAAAAAAGUUAAUUCAGGUAUUUAUGCUCUAAAACGAUCUUAUCAUUUCUCUAUAAUUUAUCAGUGCUUCAAACCGUAUUUCAUGCUCGUAUUCAGUCACAUGUAUUCUAUAAAAUAAGUGUCUAUGGUGGGACCUCAAAUCAAAAUCUAAAUAAAAUUCUCUACCUUCAAAAAAAGUUCUGAGAACAAUCUUGCGAUUAAGAAUAGUGAUGAUUUGGUCAAGGGACAUUUUACCAACUUACGAAUACUGACAGUGUAUAGCUAGUAUAUUUUUAAUACAAUCAUUUAUGUAAAAAACUACAAACUCAAUUUCAAAAUAUAAAGAGGUACACUUUUACAAUACCAGAAACAAAAACACCAUUUUAUUACCUCAUAACCUAAAACAAUUUAAGAAAGGCACCACCUAUGCUGGAAUAUAGUUUUUAAACUAUAUUCCCAAAACAAUAAGGGAAAUAAAUUAAUUAAAAAAUUUAAACUAUUAUUAAAAGGUUUUCUUUUGCAGCAUGUUUUUUAUUCACUAAAUAAAUUAUAUUCAAUAGGACAGUCAGUAUAACUCAUAAACAUACAAUAGUGUUUUUAAGGUUUUCUUACAAUUAUUUUUAUCAUAUAUCAUAUGAGGUUUUUACAGUAUGAAGUAACAUUGUUAAUAGUAGUUAUAAUGUACUUGGCACUACUUUAUUGUAUAUUUAUACAUACUAAAUAUAGACUUUUUGAUUUUAUUUUAUUGAUUUUUACGUUUUAUAAUAAAUUAUCUUAUUUUUUAGAUUAUUACCUUUUAAUGCAUGUGAAGCAAUUGGCUUUCGAUUGUCUUGCAACUUUUGAAAAUGUAUUAAGAGACUGUCCAUAUUUAUGUAUGCACUUUUAAGACACAAUUUUUUCAUGGAUAAAAUCUUUUAAAAACAGAAA